CCACUGAGACAAAGAGCAUCUGCGUGUUUUCACAGACACAGGCACCCACCUCCCGCCCCCCGCCCCACCCUGACCACUCUCAUCCAUCCCAACGCACAGCAGCGCCGUUGUCAACACACCAACACGACACACCCCAACACAGCAUCGACACAUCAACAGCGGCAGCAACCAUGGCACCGAUCAGCGCUACCAUAGUUCCCUUAGUCACCCUGUUCGUGGGCUCCACCACCGCCUUCGUCACUCCAACCGGCCGCGGAGCCUCGUGGUCCCUCGCCAACCCUCAGCACGCCGUCAGGUCGUCAACCUACGCCGUAACGACUCGCCACGACGCUCGCCGCCGGUCGUCGGCAACGCCGGCCACGUCUUCUCUCCGCAUGGUGAGCGAGGUCGCAGAGCAGAAAGCGGCCAAGCUCCGAGAAACCGCGGCCGCCUUCCGCGCGGAAGCUGCCGAGCUCGAGGAGAAGCAGGCGCGGGAGAGACGAGAGAACGCGCAACGAUCCUUCAACACGUUUGACUCGAACAAGGACGGAUCCGUGGACGUCGCCGAGCUCAAGGCCGGGCUCGAGGGCCCGCUUCGUCGGAGCUUCACGAAGACGUUAUAGGCGCACAUGGGGCGGAAGCCGUCGAAAGAAGAGGUGGACGACCGCAUCGCCGGGCUCCCUGGAGGUACCCUGUUCCCCGACGAUCUCGCCCUCAAGCUCAUCCAGACCUACGACCAGAACGGGGACG